UUACAUGUAGAUUGGUCAUACUGAAGUGCGCAGCCAACAUAAGUGAACCACAAACGAGAGCGACUGCUAGAUUUUUUGUUGUUAGUGUAAAAAAUAAAGUGAAAACUGCGUUUCUUAUACAAUUUUUUAACGAAUACAAUCAUGAAGUUCCAAUACAAAGAGGAGCAUGCAUUUGAGAAGCGUCGCGCCGAAGGCGACAAGAUUAGACGCAAAUAUCCAGACCGUGUACCCGUGAUUGUUGAGAAAGCACCAAAGGCGCGCAUUGGUGAUUUGGACAAAAAGAAGUAUCUGGUGCCAUCCGAUUUGACCGUUGGGCAAUUCUAUUUCCUUAUACGCAAGCGUAUUCACCUGCGUCCCGAGGAUGCACUCUUCUUUUUCGUCAAUAACGUCAUUCCCCCAACAUCAGCAACAAUGGGCUCACUGUACCAGGAGCAUCAUGAGGAGGAUUAUUUCCUGUACAUAGCCUACUCCGAUGAGAACGUCUAUGGCAUGGAGAAGUAGACAAGGACUGCAUUCUUAAUAGUGGCAGGCGUUCUGACAUCAGGCAACAACCUAUACAUAAAUUCUAUAUAAAACAUAUAUAUAUCUAUACAUAUAUAUAUAUAUAAACAUAUAUAUGUAUAUAUAAUAUAUAUUUCACGUUUAGCAUGCAGUUGAAAAAAAAAAAUGCAAAAAAUCACACACAAAAAAAAAGGAACGAUAGCUAAACAAAUUGUGCGGGUCUAAGGCGGUAAAAAAAUUGAAUGCAAGAAAAACAAAACAAAAACUUGAAAAACAAACAAACAAAAACUUAAAAACAAAUAAAGAAAAAAAAUAUUAAAAUGAUCUUCAAAAAACAAGAAAAAAAUGAAUUGUAAGAGGAAAACGACAAAUGUUAUGUGAAAAUUAUUUUAUAUAAACAUUUUCUAUACGCGCUAGUAUUUCAAAUUUACCUAUGCUUUAACAAUUUAUUCACUUGGCACUAUUUCAUUGAGUUUUGCCUUUAUAUUGUGUACCCUGCAAUUUGAAUGUUUUUGUAAGGUACUCUAACUUCCCUUACCUUUACCUACCUAUAUCUUUUAUAUAUAUAUUGUUUUUUUUGCUCUUUUGUUCUUUCCUGUAAUAAUAAUACAACAAAAUUUUGUGCAUAUUUAGUGUGUAUGGUUACGAAUAGGACUCUCUUGGUUAAGCGUACAUUAAUUAAUCUACUAUUAAUUAAAUAAAUAAAAAUAUAUAAAAAAAAAAAAAAAAAAAA